AUAAUAUAUCUGUGCUAGUAACAAAAGAACUACAUUACUUCCAUGUCUAAAUAAAUAGUUAUUUAGUCAUGAUUACUAUUUAAUAUUAAAAUAAAAAAGUAUUAUAACCUGACGUUAUUUUAUACACCAGACAUAUGUGCUGCCACAGAAUCUCAGAUUAUAAGCGAAGAAAAGUUUAAUUUUAUAAGUGCUCUGUGGUGUUAUCGGUUCUACAGAUUGUAGAACUGUUAAGAGAAAUUGUUGGAGUCGAUAAAUAAUAUUAUUUUUUAUUCGAUUUAAUUGCACUAACAAGUUGUCAAGUUGUCAGUGAGAACACUCAUGUAAACUCAAUGCGCAAUUUCUGCACCAUCGAUUUUAUGAUUGCUCAUACUACCAGAUCAAUAUGAAUACCUCGAAUACCAUUGAGACACUUUUAAGUUUAUCAUUGAAUCAGUUAUGCCAGACCAUGAAUGAAGAUACACUGCAGUAUGUGUUGAAAUCGUCAACUCCAUCAAUCUGUAUACAAAUCAUUUGGAAGGUCUUAGGUUUUGAUGAAUAUGCUGCUCAUUUGUUCAAUCCGAGGUUUAAUCCAGUAGAAUUAGGAUACGAAAUUGCUCAAAUGGAUUUAGAAUCUCCACAAGGUUUUAUAUCUGCUGAACUAUUCGAUCAAGAGAUUUUUGAACACUUUGCCACUAAACAACAGAUUAUAUUUGUUGAUCGUUUCAAUUGUUCUAGUCUUUUUGACCACCGAUUAUUUUUUAAAUUGGUAAGGGAAACCAGCUUACGAAAUCAUCUAUUUUUUUUAUUUCGGAUUUGUAUUCAGAUUAGAGGUUUUGAUUUCCCAUCAAACUUUGCUCAAGAAUGGGUAAAUAUGGAAAAACCAGAUAGCAAUGAAGGCAUGUGUCUUCCUGAUAUAGAAAAUGGUCUUAAAUUAGGGAUUUUUCUUGGUGAUGCUGGCUGGCUUAAUGAAAGUGCCUUAGUCUUAUCGCACACAUAUGAAAUAAUUACUACAAAAUGGGUGUGCCAUGAUGAGAUUGUAGAACUUUUUAAAACUCUCCAAUGCUUGACCAAGUGGUUAUUAGUGGCAUCAAACUACUAUAAUUUUGUUGAAGCAAAAGAAGUUCUACAAAAUUUGAUAUACACUAUCGACAUCAUUGAAGAACUAGAAGAAAGAACAUUGUCUAUAUCAUAUUCAUAUUUAGCUGUUUCACAAUACUAUUAUGUAUUACUGGAAUUUGAUAAGGCUUGGUCUUGGGCAGUUAAAGCUAUGCAUGAACUUCACAUGGCUAGUAGAAAAUUGAAAAUUUUGAUCCUGAGUCAUUCCAUUAGGCUUUGUUCUGCAUUGGGCAAAUUAAUCACAGGACAGAAGUUAAGAAAACAAUUAAAUGCAUUAAACGAAGAUAUAACUGAUGGUUACAUGUAUCAUGAUUUCUUAUUGAGUUACGCAUACUACUUCUCCAAUUUAAAUACUCCAGAUGAUAAUAUUAACUGGUUCUAUGGUUUGUUAACUACUGCACGGAAUUUGUUUGGUUACUACAAUUUAAAUACAGCUAUUAUUUUAACCAAUUAUGCAUUUGAGCGACAUGAAAAUGUUGAAUUAGAAAGUGAUGAAUCUAUGCGGUGCAUACUACAAGCCAUAUUCAUCAUGCAAAAAAUUGGUGUACCAAAUGACCACAUGUUAUUAAUGAAUGCUCAUCUGAUAAAAUCAUUAUUAAUACAAGAAAUAAUAUUCGGAUUAGGACAGCAAAACGCUAUUAUUUACUUUAACACAAGAGAUGGUACAGAAGGAAUAAACGAAAAUGAAACGAUAAAUCAGAUGAAGCAGUUACUUGUUGAAAUAGUUGAGGUUGCCUGUAUUAAUACAUUACAUGUUGCUUCACAUCGACUUGGAGAAAACAACCUGCUUACAGCAAAAACAUAUAGUUUUCUAGCUUCCAUUUAUCUUCUUCAGGAGAAAUAUACUGAAUCUGAAGAAAUGUGUUUAAAAGAGAUUGAAAUCAUAAAAUCAAUUUUAGGAACAAACAAUGCACAAUUUGCUAAUUCUAUAGGACACUUGGCUCAUUUAUACACACAUUACCUACAUAAAUUUCAAGAGUCUGAACUACUUUUAUUGCAAACAAUUAACAUUUAUGAAAAUAUCACUGAUGGACCAAUCUAUGAGUUACGGGCUAGUAUAGAAGAAUUGAUUUACACUUAUAAAGAAUUUAACAAUUUGGAGAGGUUAAAUUAUUACAUUAAUUAUUUGGCAACUUUUGAUGCUACAUUUCAAAAUUGGUGUCAUUGUGCGUGGCAAUCUGAAAUAUCUGAGGAAAACUGUACAAAGAUCGAUUUAAGUUUGGAAAAGUUUAAAUGCAUAUUAAAUGGAUGCAGUUGUGGCCAGUAAUAAAUUUAAGUAGAAAAAUAAUUUUAAAAAUUAAGUUGAA